UGGUGAUGAGUCAAAAGGGGGAACAAUAUGUAGCCAAACCUGUGGCAAGAAACAAUAGAAUACAACCCCCCUUUGCCAUCUUCUUACCCAAGCACAUCACUGUUCUCAUCAUCAUCCUCUUCCUCGUUAAUUCAAUUUCAGACCUUCCCUUCUCUCCUUAGCUUCCUCUCUUUACUUCCCAAUUCAAUGAACACCCAAAACCCAAUACUCACGUGCAUGCCACGUGUCGCGUGAAAUCACCAUUCUUCUUCUUCGUCGUCUUCUUCUUCUUCUUCUUCCCCUGCCUCAACAAAUCCACUUCUGCCCUCUUUAAAACCCUCUGCAAAGUUCGAAUCUUUCGCAGAAAACACCAAGACCCAGAGGAAGCUUCUCUGCAAUGGCGUGACCAAUGAUUGAUUAGCUCUCAGCUUCUGUGAUCUUUCAGUGAUGGGAGUUUGCACAUCGAAGCCACAGAAGGCGAACCCUUACGCGCUUCGCGAAGCGGAAGCCGAAGCCGACCCUUCGCAAAUCCCAAAAGCCCCACUUAGUCCUGCCGCAGCCGAGAACCACCGCCGGAAAGAUGACGUCGCCGCCGGGAAACAGUCUCCGUUCUUCCCGUUCUACAGCCCGAGCCCCGCGCGCUUCCUGAAAAAGUCUCCAGCGCCGGCGGGAGGGAGCAGGAGCGCGGCCUCCACGCCGAGGAGGUUCUUCCGGAGGCCGUUCCCUCCGCCGUCGCCGGCUAAGCACAUAAGGGCUGUGCUGACGCGGCGGCAGGGAAAGAAGGCGGCGGCAGCUGCGAUAUCGGAGGAGGGGGAGGAUGGCGGUGGAGCUGCGGCGGAUUUGGAUAAGAGGUUUGGGUUUUCCAAGGAGUUCACGAGUAGGUUGGAAGUUGGUGAAGAAGUGGGUCGAGGGCAUUUUGGGUAUACUUGUUCUGCUAGGUUCAAGAAGGGUGAGCUUAAGGGUCAACAAGUGGCUGUUAAGGUCAUACCAAAAUCAAAGAUGACAACAGCAAUUGCUAUUGAAGAUGUGAGAAGGGAGGUGAAAAUAUUGCGAGCUUUGAAUGGACACAGCAAUUUGAUACAGUUCUAUGAUGCGUUUGAAGACCAAGAUAACGUGUACAUUGUAAUGGAGUUAUGUGAAGGGGGGGAGCUCUUAGAUAUGAUAUUAUCAAGGGGAGGGAAAUACUCAGAAGAUGAUGCAAAGGCUGUAAUGGUGCAGAUUCUAAAUGUUGUUGCAUUUUGUCAUCUUCAGGGUGUUGUGCACCGAGACCUUAAGCCAGAGAAUUUUUUGUACACUAAAAAGGAUGAAAGUUCUGAGUUGAAAGCUAUAGACUUUGGGUUAUCAGAUUUUGUCAGACCAGAUGAAAGGCUUUAUGAUAUUGUUGGAAGUGCAUAUUAUGUGGCCCCUGAAGUUCUCCAUAGAUCUUACAGCACAGAGGCUGAUGUGUGGAGUAUAGGCGUGAUAUCUUAUAUUCUUUUAUGUGGUAGUUGUCCAUUUUGGGCUCGAACGGAGUCUGGUAUUUUCAGGGCAGUUCUGAAAGCUGAUCCUAGCUUUGAUGAAACACCGUGGCCAUCUUUAUCUUCAGAAGCAAAGGAUUUUGUCAAACGCUUACUGAAUAAGGACCCACGGAAGCGGAUAUCUGCUGCUCAGGCUCUAAGUCAUCCUUGGAUACGAAAUUACAACAAUGUAAAAGUUCCACUUGAUAUUUUAAUAUUUAAGCUCAUGAAGACAUAUAUGAGAUCAUCGUCCUUACGCAAGGCUGCCUUAAGGGCCUUGUCAAAGACACUGACUGCAGAUGAACUCUAUUAUCUGAGGGAGCAAUUUUCACUGCUAGAACCAAGCAAAAAUGGCAGCAUAUCUUUAGAGAAUGUUAACAAGGCCUUGAUGAAAUAUGCAACAGAUGCCAUGAAAGAGUCUCGCAUCCCUGACUUUCUUUCCUCGCUGAAUUCAUUACAAUAUAGAAGGAUGGAUUUUGAAGAAUUUUGUGCAGCUGCGUUAAGUGUGCAUCAACUUGAAGCUCUUGAUCGAUGGGAACAACAUGCUCGCUGUGCCUAUGAGCUUUUUGAUAAAGAUGGAAACAGGGCUAUUGUCAUUGAAGAGCUUGCUUCAGAACUUGGACUUGGUCCCUCUAUCCCUGUUCAUGUUGUUCUUCACGAUUGGAUACGCCACACUGAUGGAAAAUUAAGCUUUCUUGGGUUUGUGAAACUAUUACACGGUGUAUCUAGCCGAAGCCUUGCGAAGGUUCAAUAAAAUUUAAAGCAGAGGAAGCCUUGUGUGGCUCGACUCGACCAUAUUUGGAUUUGUGUCUGGUUGGCGCUGGAACUCAUUAUUGUGUUGUUAUCUGAAGCUCUUGCUAGCACACCCAUUUAAAAAAGUACAGGUUCAUAAUGAAAUGCAACUCUGAUUCUUUUUGAAGAAGCUCAAACUGUAAAAUAGUCUACAGAUCGUUGGUCUAAGAAUUAAUAUAUGAAUUGUAGAAUUAGAUUAGCUUUGUCUCGAUGGUGGUAAUAAUUUCCUGUCACCUGUAUUAAUGAAUGCUUUGUAUAACCAUACGUUUGAGUCCGAAAAUUUUAAUCUUAAUUUUAUGUUUUGUUGUGUUAGUGUA